AAGCAUCCCUAUUUCCGGUUUGUGAUCCAAACACUUAUCCGUUUUGAGCCGAAAGAACUGUAGCUAGACUGAUAGAUGACAACCAUCAUAGGAGAAAUGGCAGAAUUCACGGAUAAAUUCAGCUCUUUCACCAUGACGCAGUUAAACGAGUUACUUGAAGACGAUGAAAAGUUAAAUUCUAUUGUCAAAGAAAUGAACGAGAUGUGUGAGGUGCAGCAGGUGAAGGAGCUGACCCUGGUCAGUAACAUCAGUCUGGCAGAACAGAACCUCCAACUGCAGCCCAGUCUGGACCUUCAGAAGAACCAGCUCACCUCACGCUACCGCCACCUACAGGAGCUCUAUGACAACUACCAGCUACGCAAGUCCACACUCUACCAUGGUUCAGGCAACAGCUCUCUGGACAUUCUGCUGGCUCUGCUGCAAGCUGAGGGAGCCAAGAUAGAAGAGGAGACUGAGAACAUGGCAGACUCGUUUCUGGAUGGAGAGCUGCCUCUGGACUGCUUUAUCGAUGACUACCAGCGGAGGCGCCAUCUUGCUCACGUGCGCCGUGUAAAGAUUGACAAACUCCGUGAGCUGGUGCUGAAGGGUCUCACUAGACCCCAGCAGACCCCAACCCAGCCCAGUCGACCCCAGGACUUCCCCUCUACCAAUGGAGCCUUCUCCCCCCAAUCUACGCGAGCUGCCCCUCCUCCCUUCCCUCAGCAGAGCGGCCUGUCAUACCAAGUCGCCCCCUAUCCCGCCAUGCCUUUCCCCAGCCAGGAUCCUCCAGGCUACCCCAGCAGCCCCUACAUUCCCCAGCCCUACCCUCAAGCCCCCCAGCAACACCCCACCUCCCCAUGCCUGCCCCCCCGAACUGGCUUCAUCAUGCAGUGAGGGGGGGGGGGGUCUGUCUCCAUAGAAACACCAUGGAAGAUGACCUUAUCUACCAACAAUGAGUGUUGGUGACUUAACCAAUGACAGCCCCUGUCAGUAAUACAGGGAAAACUCCUGACUGACAGGCUCCCUCAGAGACUCCGUCCAGUAGCUACAGCCUGGGGGUUGAUUCUCUUAGGUUUUUAUUCUAAGACUAGCUUUCUGAUUAAUCUGAAGAAAUAUGAAAACUUAACUCUCUGACUGGUAUUUAUAUGCUGUGUAGAUGAGAUGUAGUUUUUGUAAACUGAAGGUGGUGUCUUCCUGUGCACACACUUGAGUAUGCGUGAAGUUGUGUGUAACCCCAAAGGUCAGGACAAGUGGUGUGAUAGUUGACCCUAAAGUUCCUAUUCGUCUAAAGGGAGGAGUCCGGUAUUGUCACAACUAUAGCUAGUCCAUCAACCCUGAACAGAACUACUCAAAUUGAUUUCAAUUCAAUAUGUAUUGUAAUCUAGGUGCUUUCCUAUUCAUUGGUGGAGGUUCUUUCCAGUAGGUCGGGAGGAUGCAAGGCUAGGAAUAUACUAUGCUAUUUUACAAGGGAACAAACAUUUUGGGAUGGAUUUGAAUGACCUGCCAAAGAUAUUCUCAUCUUACCUACUGACUUGGCACUUUGUUUUAGUGAUUGUUUUGUAUACCGGUAUAAGAGGUAGUUAUACCCCACCUAACUGGAAGAUGGAUAUUGAAAAUAACCAUGCAUCCUAAAUUAAUGUUAAACUGGCUUUCUUGUGAAGCCAGUCAAAGUUGCCAUGUGGGGAAAAGAGAUCUACAGCUGGCUGUACAUCUACAGUUUGCUUUCCCCAUUUGUGCUCACCUCAAGGAAAACACAUGGGGGUUCAAAAAUGAGAUGGUGCAGGAAACAUUUAAAAUAUGAACCAUAGAAGUCCCUGGUACUGUACAUCUGAUCUACACUCCCUAGGAACAAACAUGUUGUAAUGCUAGACUGACAGGUUGACUUUCAUCCAAAUCAAUAAAUGUUUUAUAACCAAUA